UUUGUCGUUGAUAAUGAUUGAUGUGAAGCAGCGCCGAAUUAGGGUUCUUCGUUUUUACGUCUCAGAACUAAGGCUCUGUGUGUUAUUAUGCGAAUAACAAAAUAAUUCCCAUCUGCAUUUAGCCCCAAAUUGUGGGGUUAGGGUUUCCAAUGGCUUCGCAUUCGACUGACGACGACGCCGUAUCGGGAUCGAGGCUGUGCAUUAACGACGCGUUGAGGGACGACGAGUUGCGUUCGAUCCUGGCUCGUGUGGAGAGCGAGAAGGACAAGGAAACUUUCGGGUUGGUUUGUAAGAGAUGGCUUCGGUUGCAGAGCACUGAAAGGAAGAAGCUCGCCGUACGUGCGGGUCCACAACUGCUGCAAAGAAUGGCUGAUAGGUUCACAUGCUUGGUGGAGUUGGACCUCGCUCAGUCCGUUUCCCGAUCCUUCUAUCCCGGCGUCACCGAUUUCGACCUCAACGUCAUCGCCAAUGGCUUCAGAUGCUUGAGACUCCUCAAUUUGCAGAAUUGCAAAGGAAUUACAGAUGUUGGAAUGAAAGCGAUUGGUGAUGGGCUUUCCUUAUUGCAGUCAUUGGAUGUAUCCUACUGCAGAAAGCUGACCAACAAGGGAUUAUCAGCUGUUGCGAAAGGGUGUUGUGAUUUACGUGUAUUGCAUCUGGCUGGUUGCAGAUUCGUUACUGAUGGAAUGUUAGAAGAUUUAUCCAAAAACUGUCAUAAUUUAGAGGAGUUAGGAUUGCAAGGGUGCACCAGCAUUACUGACAAUGGACUGAUAAACCUCGCAAGCGGUUGUCGACGGAUCAGGUUUUUAGACAUCAAUAAGUGUAGUAAUGUCAGUGAUGUUGGGGUUUCUAGUAUCGCUAGGGCUUGUUCCUCUUCUCUCAAGACGUUGAAACUGUUAGAUUGCUAUAAAAUUGGGGAUGAAACCAUACUGUGUUUGGCUAAAUUCUGUGAUAAUCUUGAGACUUUGAUCAUUGGCGGUUGCCGGGAUGUCUCCGGUGAUGCAAUAAAGUCACUGGCUACUGCUUGUAGAAGCAACCUUAAGAACUUGAGGAUGGAUUGGUGUUUAAACAUUUCUGAUUCUUCAUUGAACUGUGUUUUAAGUCACUGCAGAAACCUUGAGGUUCUGGACAUUGGUUGCUGUGAAGAGGUGACUGAUGCUGCUUUUCAUCAGCUUAUAAGCAGUGAGGAGCCUGGUUUGAAUCUCAAGAUUUUGAAGGUAAGUAAUUGUCCAAAGAUAACAGUGGCUGGUAUAGGCAUUCUUGUGGGUAAAUGCGAAUAUCUGGAAUACUUGGAUGUGAGGUCCUGCCCACAUAUUACAAAGGCUGGCCUUGAUGAGGCUGGUUUCCAUUUUCCUGAAUGUUGUAAGAUUAAUUUUAAUGGUAGCAUCAGUGAGCCUGUUGAGCUUCUUUGAUACUAGAUAAUUAUUUUAAAAGAUUGGCAUCAUCAUUAAAUCUUCCUAUGUGAACUUUCUUGAUAAGAGGCGUGCCUUUGUAUUGUUCUUGGUGGUGUUAGUUUUAUUGUGCAACCUAUAUGUAUCAUGUAUGUGACUGCAUUAAUUGUUAGUGGAUGUAUCAUAGUUCAUUG